CACUCUCUAAGUCAAGGAAGCAUUUAAAGGCUGAACUUGUCAGUGAUGUGCACCACUGUUCCUCAGUAGCUCAGCUGGACUGUGAACUCACCAUGUUUUUCUACUGUGAGCUGGUCGUACUGAUACUUGCACUGACUCUUGAUGGUCAAGUUCAUACAGGGCAAAUCUAUGGAGGACACGAGGCUAAGGAACACAGCAGGCCAUACAUGGUGCUGUUGGAGCGGCACAUGCAGAAUGGUCAAACAUAUUACUGUGAUGGCUUCCUUCUGACUGAGGAUUUUGUGAUGACUGCAGCCCACUGCCAAGCCAAGUCCUUCACAGCGUUACUAGGAGUUCACAAUUACCGUAACAGUAAUGGAAUACAGCGUAUAUCUGUGGAAGAUAUGUUUCCACAUAAAGACUACAAUGCAACUGAAUUAACAAAUGACAUAAUGCUUCUUAAGUUGAGAUCUAAGGCACAUUUUAACAACAAUGUGAGUCACAUUGCUCUCGCAGACCGAGAUGACGGCUCUCUGCCAAAAUUAUGUUCAGUCUCCGGCUGGGGAAGAAAUAACAGAAGCUCAAAAUAUAUGUCUUUGAAGCUCAUGGAAGUCAAUGUAACACUCACUGACAAUGAGCUGUGUCGUGGGAAAAAGAUUUACUGCUCUGAGGGAGAGGCUGGACCGGGUGAGGGAGACUCUGGUGGUCCAUUGGUCUGUGAAGAUGGAAAGGCGUACGGGGUGGUGUCUUCCUCACACAAAACAAACCCAGAUGGCCCGUAUGUCUACUCCUACACUAAGAUACCCAAGAAUACAGACUGGGUUAAACAGAUUAUUAAAAAUAAUGGAAAGUUCUAAUGUAUCAGAUCACAACAUUUGAAUUUCAGGUUAGUUAGCUAAUAUCUCCUCUGAUUCCAUUAUCACAGAGACCGCUAAAUUGCUUGUUUGCUUGUUUUACACAACUUUAAUCAAAAUAUGCUUUGCGCGAUCUGUACAAGCUCCUCCCCGCCCAAUGUUAGCUGGGAUAGACUCCAGCAUCCCCCUGACCCUUAAUGGAUAAGCGGUAUAGAUAAUGGAUGGAUGCUUUGCUUUAAUGAUAUCUUUCUUUUUUUUUUUUUUGCUCCUACUGCUGCUGCAGUGGGUGCAUAUCUGUCAGUAAACUUUAGGCUAUUGUAAGGAAAUUAGAAAUUUUAAUCAAGCAUAUGUGAGUUUUUAAGCAUGGAUUUAAACAAACCAAUCAUGACACGUACUGUAAAUCUAGUUCACAAUGUUCUCUCAGUAAACAUGCUUAAUCCCAAUGAAUGUAAUAUGAUGCUACAAUGAAACAAAUACAUCAUAAUGUAUUAUCAGUAUACUUGUACUGAGAAAAAUGUGAGGACAGAAUCAUCCUGCUGUUGGUCAUUAAUGGUGUUUGUCAUCUGUAUUAGUGUCACAUGAAAUUUAUACUUAUACAGAAAGAACUGAAGCAAGGUCUGCUGCCAACACCAAGAGGUGUGUAUCAGGAGAGACAGGUGGUGUCAGGAUAACACAGGUGUAGCACACACUUUCUCAGAUGAGAACACAGGAUCAUCUGAACUUGUUUUGUUCCAUCUUUUUAAACAAUAAACUGUUGCUCUCUCA